AUGGCUCCCUCGCGCACUGGCUAUGCCACUCUGAAGACUGUCAUGAUUUGCUUCAACACCAUUAUCCUUGUUGUCGGCUGCACCAUGGUGGGACUGGGCCUGUGGAUUAAACUGGGAAGCGCCUCCUUCGUCAGGGUCUUGGGCGCCACCUCGGUGUACUUUGCCCACGUCGGGUACUUCUGCAUCGUGGCGGGCAGCAUGGUGGCCGUGCUGGGGUUCAUGGGCUGCUGGGGCACGGUGAAAGAGAACAGAUGCCUCCUGCUGACGUACUUCUUAAUAAUGCUGGUCAUCUUCAUCGCUGAAAUCGCAGCAGCUGUCGUCGUAUUCGCUUUCACGUCCUUCGCUCGCAGUAUCGUCCUAGACAAAUCGCUGGCUGCCUUGAAGAAGAAAUACAGCGGCUACAAACACGAUGAUAUCGUGUCCUAUGGAUGGAAUGCAUUCAUGCUGAAGCUGAACUGCUGCGGGGUUCAUAACUACACAGACUUUUCCGGCUCUGCCUUUCAAAUACGGACCAACCUGACUUAUCCCAAAAGCUGCUGCAAAGAUCCAACGAGCGCCGCAUGCAACGGACGCAACGUCAGCAGCGUGGUCAUCAACCAGGAGGGCUGCUUCCGCCAGCUGGUUUCCCUGAUCAAAGAGAAGAGCCUAUUGCUUGGUGGAGCUGCCACCGGCGCCGCCGUGCUGGAACUAGCAGCUAUGAUGGUCUCCUUAAUGCUGUACGCUAAACUGGGAUGA